GAGCCAGCGCCGCUGCGGGGAGCGGCCGGGAGCGGGGAGCCGGCGGCAGCCGCGGCCGUGCCAUGGGGGCCUGCCUCGGUGUCUGCUCCGUGCUCAGCUGCGUGUCCUGUCUCUGUGGCUCUGCACCAUGUCUGCUGUGUGGCUGCUGCCCCUCGGCCAAGAACUCCACCAUCUCACGCCUCCUCUUCACCUUCUUCCUCUUCCUUGGCACCCUUGUGUCCAUCAUCAUGAUAAUCCCUGGCGUGGAGAAGGAGCUGCACAAGCUGCCAGGCUUCUGUGAAGGCAGUGGCUCAGUGCUGGGCAUCCAGAGAAAUGUGAACUGUGAGAGCUUCCUGGGCCACAAGGCUGUGUACCGCAUGGGCUUCGCCAUGGCUGCCUUCUUCUUCCUCUUCGCUGCCAUCAUGCUCUGUGUGCGCAGCAGCAAGGACCCCCGAGCUGCCCUGCAGAAUGGAUUCUGGUUCUUCAAGUUCCUGGUGCUGGUGGGGAUCACAGUGGGAGCCUUCUACAUCCCUGAUGGGACCUUCACCUCAGUCUGGUUUUACUUCGGUGUGGUUGGUUCCUUCCUCUUCAUCCUCAUCCAGCUUGUCCUCCUCAUUGACUUUGCCCACUCCUGGAGCCAGCUGUGGCUGGGCAACGCGGAAGAGAGCAACGCCAAGGGCUGGUAUGCAGCCCUCUGCAUCAUCACCUUCAUCUUCUACGCCACCUCCAUCGCAGCCAUAGUGCUGCUCUACGUCUACUACACCAAGCCUGAGGGCUGCACGGAGGGCAAGGUCCUCAUCAGCAUCAACCUCAUCCUCUGCCUCAUUGUCUCUGCUGUCUCCAUCCUGCCCAAGGUGCAGGAUGCUCAGCCGCACUCGGGGCUGCUGCAGGCGUCCCUCAUCACCCUCUACACUGUCUAUGUCACCUGGGCUGCCCUGGCCAACGUGCCAACCCGGAGCUGCAACCCCACGCUGCUGGUGAGGAACAGCAACAGCUCAGCCGUGGCCACCCAGCCAGUGACAACCUGGUGGGAUGCCCCCAGCAUCGUGGGGCUGGUCAUCUUCAUCCUCUGCACCCUCUUCAUCAGCCUGCGCCGCUCAGACCACCGGCAGGUGAACAAGCUGAUGCUGACGGAGGAGCAGGGGGCAGGGGCCGAGGAGGGGGCGGUGGAGAGCAGCCCACACCGUGCCUAUGACAACGAGCAGGAGGGGGUCACCUACAGCUACAGCUUCUUCCACCUCUGCCUCCUCCUCGCUGCCCUCUACAUCAUGAUGACCCUCACCAACUGGUACAGGCCCGACGAGAGCCUGCAGGUGCUGUCCAGCCCCUGGACAGCAGUGUGGGUGAAGAUCUCCUCCAGCUGGGCUGGGCUCCUGCUCUACCUCUGGACCUUGGUGGCUCCGCUGGUGCUGCCAGACCGGGACUUCAGCUAAGGUGGUCCCUGGGCAUCCUACUGCCAAGUUGGAACCAGUGUGGCCUUGUCUCAAUGCUGACAGCAGCCCCAGCUCUGCCCUAGCCUUAGGCCUGCAGGCAGGAGCAGCUGUGCUGGGUUGUGCCUUCUUGCAGGACUUCUCUUUUGGCUGGGAAGGGUUGAAGUGCCAAGCAGGGAGGGUCAGCACAGGCUGAGAAAGGCCUCUGGGUGUUUGUCAUCUCUCUGUCUCUCCAGUGCCUUUGGGGGUACCUGCACACCCUCUUCUAGCAGAGACCACCACCUAGCCUUGGGAGGGUUGGGCUUUCACCAGCUGCUGUUGGUGCCUUUUGGAGGGGCUCUGGGGACCAGGCUUGACCCAGGACCCAGGACCUAGGACCUGCCUGGUGUUCCCUCCCCAAAGAGCCUCCAGGGAAAUGAACCUCCAGGGAUUGUGGCUGGAGGCAGAUGUCCAUCUGCAGCCCCCCAGGCUUAGUGGUGGUCCCAGCUCCUCAGAGGCUCUCCUGCCCAGCUGUCCUUACAGUAUCAUGGAGUCUUGGGCUGGGUUUGCACAUGCUGUGCUGGCCUGGUCCCAUCACCUUGCCUUAGUAAUAAAGUCUUGUUUAGGAUA